UAAUUUGUUACCAACAACGAAGACCUACAACCUUAUGCUGCAGCAAAAGCUCGAGAGUAUCUUGACAAACCUGCCAUACAUGAGACAAUGAUUAAGGUCAGUGCAUAUUUACUUGGGGAAUUCGGACACCUUUUGGGUAGACGGCCUGGGUGCAGCCCAAAGGAACUAUUUAACAUCAUACAUGAAAAGCUUCCUACUGUAUCGAUUGCUACUAUAUCUAUACUUCUGUCAACAUAUGCUAAAAUUCGGAUGCACUGUCAACCACCAGACCUUGAACUGCAGAAUCAGAUAUGGGCAAUAUUUAAAAAAAUAUGAAAGCCCAAUUGAAGUUGAAAUACAACAACGAGUAGUCGAAUACUUUGCUUUGAGUAGAAAAGGUGCAGCCUUAAUGGAUAUAUUGGCUGAAACGCCUAAAUUCCCUGAGAGACAGUCUGCAUUAAUUAAAAAGGACGAAGAUACUGAAGUUGAUACUGCGGAAACAAGUGCCAUUAAGUUGCGUGCUCAGUAACAAUCUCAAACAUCAAAUGCUUUGUUGGUAACGGACCAAAGUCAAGCUAACAGAGCUCCUUCGCAUGUCGGCUAACUCAGUCUUGUAAAGAUGCCCAUCACAAGCAGUAAUGUGGGUGAUAUUUCAGCAGAUCAAAGAUUAUCCCAGGAUAAUGGGACUUCGAAUAACUUGGAUUCUCAACAACUGUUUGCAGAUCUUCUUGGUGAUCUGUUGGGUCCUCUGGCUAUUGAAGGCCCUCCUAGUAGCAGUGACCACCCUCAGCCAAGCUCGUAAUGCAGAGUACAAUCCCAAGCGUUUUGCUGCUGUAAUUAUGAGAAUCAGAGAACCGAAAACAACUGCACUUAUCUUUGCUUCUGGCAAGAUGGUUUAUACUGGAGCCAAGGGUGAGCAACAGUCUAAACUGGCAGCAAGGAAGUAUGCGCGUAUCAUCCAAAAACUUGGUUUCCCGGCCAAAUUUAAGGAUUUCAAGAUCCAGAACAUUGUUGGCUCCUGUGAUGUUAAGUUCCCGAUACGGUUGGAGGGUCUUGCAUGUUCCCAUGGUGCUUUCUCUAGUUAUGAACACAGAGCAGAUAUCUGGGGCUCUUCUGAUGCAGUUGCUGUUGCAUGUCCUCCACCUUCAGAAGAUCUAAGAUACCUGAAAUCUACUGCUCUAUUCUCGUGGCUCCUUGGAUUUGAGUUCCCGGAAACAAUAAUGGUCUUCACAAAGGCGCAGAUCCAUGUAUUGUGCAGCCAAAAGAAGGCAUCUAUUAUCGAAUCUGUCAAAAAAUCUGCCAAAAAGUCAGUUGGUGUGGAGAUUGUAUUGCAUGUCAAGCCUAAAAAUGACGAUGGAGCUUCUCUUAUGGAUGCUAUUGUCCGGGCCAUCCGUGUUCAGUCAAAGUCUGAUGGCCAUGAUUCAUCCACUGUUGGACACAUAGCUAGGGAGGAACUUGAAGGGAAAUUGCUUGAAGCAUGGGCUGAAAAAUUAAAAAGUUCAAAAUUUAAUCUGAGUGAUGUGGCAAAUGGGUUUUCUGCAAAAAGUAAUGAAGAAAUUACAUCCAUCAAGAGAGCCGCAUACCUCACAACCAGUGUGAUGAAGAACUUUGUAGUUUCAAAGCUUGAGAAUGUAAUUGAUGAAGAGAAGAAAAUUUUACAUUCCACAUUGAUGGAGGAGACUGAGAAAGUUAUACUGGAGCCUUCAAAAGUCAACUGUAAACUGAAGGCAGAUAAUGUUACCCUCCAAUUUUUCAGAGUGGGGGGAAGUUUGAUCUUAGGCCUAGUGCUGUCAGCAACGACGAGGCACUUUACUACGACUCUGCCAGUGUAAUUAUAUGUGCUGUCGGUGCCCAGUACAAGAGCUACUGCUCAAAUAUAGCUAGGACCUUCUUGAUUGAUGCAGACCCUAUUCAAAGUAAGGCUUAUGAGGUUCUUCUUAAAGCACAUGAGGCCACUAUUGGUUCUUUAAAGCAUGGAAAUAAGUUGAGGUGCUGCUACUGCUGUUUCUACUGUAGUUUUGGCAUGUCUCAGCUGGUUCUUUCAAUGGCAGCUUUGUCUUGCAACGGUGGUAGCCGCGUUUGCAUCGUGUAGACAUCAUGCCGCUGUUGUUUGCUCUGCAGCUUUUGGUGGUGGUUGCUUGCUGUAUUUUGGAAGUUCGUAUUUCUGUUUCGCUGUUCGAGCUGCAAGUUUGUUUUAGAGGUUAGCUUUUGGAGGCCUUUGCAUUGCCGGCUGUCGUUUUGGAAUUUCCUACUAUGUACAUGUGGAUGG